UCACCCUGCAGCCUAUAGUCCCGCUAUCCGCCGCUACCUCUCUCCGGAAGAUGCCCUAGAGUUUCAUAUAUUAGUGCCGUCGCGAAUUCCACCCGAUCUAUUUAGUACCUAUGAUGUUGUGGAGUCUUGGUAUAACUUGCGAGUCGUGAAGCUUCGAUACUCCUUGCUCGAAGAGCACGUUUGGGAUCGAUUCUGCGAUUUCGAACAACUUCCUUUCCCACCAUGUAUUUCCUGGGUUAAAAGGCGGUCUCCAGUAAAGUAACCAGAGUUGUAUAAAGUAGUGGACGAUCUCGCUUUUAUGAGAUCGACAAGACAUCAUCAGCACCUCACCAGCGCCAACUUUAUUCUCUCUCUUAUCCACUAUACAUCGUCUCGACCUUCCCUUGACCCGUAUUUCAUCGAUAUUCUGGUUUUCGUCGUGAAUUCUCGACCAAAAUCUUACAUCUUCACCUUCUCCCAUCAAGGUUCCACUAGCCAACAUAUAUGUUAGCAACAUGGCUCGAUUUCAGGAACUUGAACGAGCUGCAUGUGACGUUAUUCAAAAUGUGAAGGAAAUUCAGGAUCUCAGGCAUGCGAGGCUUUCAGUCAUCGGUGGCCUAGCCCUAUGGCAUUAUCUUCCUGAAUACCGCUCGACGGAUAAUAUCAACUUCAUAACGAACAUAUCGACGUCGCCUAGUUCUCUAAAGAAACGCUUGCUAGAACGACCGGACUCACCCUUUUUCCAACGUUCGCAAGCACUCUUCUAUAAAUGUCCCAAUGGAGGAGAAAUUCGAAUCGACAUCAGUCCCGAGUGGCUUUCGCCGUACCUGCCAGAGUCCGCCGUGAAAGUACAGGAUAUAUCACAGGACGAGAUACCGUACAUCUCCCUCACCGACCUCAUCGUUUUCAAGCUCGACUCGAGCGGGCUAAGGUCAAACCCUGCUAAGAAGGAGCGCGACGCAUGUGAUGCCGCGGCGUUAGUCGACCUAGCAUGUUCGCGUCGAGGAUCUAUAGACCUCUCCAAGAAGCAAGAGCAAGUGGUCGAAGAAGCACUCUGCGACGUCGCAAAAUGUGGCACGAAAGAGAAAUGCUGGUGGGAGGAGCAUAUGGGCUUAGACAACAAAACCCUCGAGGUUCCAGGCGGCAGAUCGCAGCAGAGACAGGGCCGCCCUCAUUCCAAAUCGGACCCUUCGCCGUCUCGGACGCCGGUGACCAACGACCCCAACGCGGCGUGGCAUUACGAGAAGCUCGACCGGGCGCAUGUGCGGCAAUUCAAAUCGAUGCACAGUAGCCGGGCGAGCGGAAGGCCCGGGAUGAUGCGAUCGGCCUCACAUCGGAUGAUCAGGGAUACCGGGCUGAUACUGACGCAGCCGAAGACGACGCACGCGAGCUUCCAGAACGAGAUAAAGCGUUCUGGUUUAAGCAAUGAAGUCGGCCCCGAGUCGCCAUACUCGGACGAGCAUGACGAACAGUACUACACGCUUGAACCUAAGGGGAGCCCGCUCCAGGGCAGCCCAGCUAGGAGUGGGAGGGGAUACUUCGAACUCCCGCGCACACCUCUGGGCGGCUUGGGGACGGUGACGGAACACGUGGGGGCUGUGGGAGUCAGGAGAACUUCCAAGGCGGGAUACUUCGACUUAACUCCGACAGAUACCCCCAGCACGGUGGUACAGCCGAGGAGGCGCCCGGGGAUGGACAAAAGGAGUGUUACUUUUCUCUUGUAGGAGUCGUGUGCUGCUCGCAACUUGGUAAGGUCGCCAGCCAUGUUUCAUAGGUUUACGUGAUACCAUAUCCCAGUCCGAACGGGGAGUUUCUCUGGUUAUUUCUAUUAUGAACGUUGGUUUCUCUUGAUAGGUAGUUUUUGUAUAAUAUUGAUGAAUGUUAUAUCUUGGAAAUUCAUAUUAAUCCUUUUAAUUUUUAUUAAAUUUU